AUGAGCACCGAGGUCCUGCAACAGCCGGCAAAAGUCCAAAUUCCCGAUGGAUAUACUGUACUCGAGUUGACUAGCGCAUAUGGCCCUGUGUACCGCACAAUCAAGAACGCUACUCCGCGCGACGCCACCCCGGAAGAAAUCCCCAUCAUCGACAUAUCUCGCAUUUUCAGCGACAGUUUGGAUGUUCGAAAGACGGUUGCGAAAGAAAUCCGUGACGCCGCUACGACGAUUGGGUUCUUCUACAUGAAAGGACAUGGCAUCCCCGAGAAAGUCAUCAACGCAGCGCUUCAGAGCGCACAGGACUUCUUCCAUCAACCAGAGGAGAUCAAGCAGCGCGUGAACCAGGCAAAUUCAAAGUGGUUUAAUGGCUGGAAUGGCCCCAAAUCCCAUCGAGCCAAUGCUGUAGAAUCAUUGGACAUACGUGAGAGCUUUGGAUUCCGCUACGACCCCCGCUACGACCCAAGCGUAGACAACGUGGAAUCGAUUCCGCAAGAUAUCAAAGACGGGUUUCGGGCGGAGGAAUAUUGCUGGACACAGACGGCCAACUUGCCGCACUUCAAGACUGACGUGCUGGAGUACUGGCGCUCGUGCCUCGCCCUGGCGCGCCGACUGAUUCGUAUUUUUGCGCUGGCCUUGGAACUCCCGGAAGACUACUUUGAUGCUAUGACAUCGCACCCUGACGCCGCAGUAGCUUUGAAUUACUACCCGAGUAUUCCCGAGAACAUGGCUGAGAAGGCCGAUGCAGAAGUUGUAAGCAUUGGAUCGCAUACAGAUUUACAAUUUUUCACCAUGCUCUGGCAAGACCAGAACGGUGGCCUGCAAGUGCUCAACCGGGACGGACAAUGGCUCAAUGCCCGACCGAUUGAAGGGACAUUUGUCGUGAACAUUGGGGACUAUCUGAUGCGCAUCACCAACGAUCGAUUCGUUUCAACAGUGCACCGAGCUAAGAAUUUCAGCAAAAACGAACGGUAUUCUUUGCCGUUUUUCCUUGGAUUCAACUUCAACGAAACCUGCGGCGUCCUGCCAAGCUGCGUCGAUGCCCAUCACCCAGCCAAAUACGAGCCCAUCUCGUGCUCCGAAUGGGUACAUCUGCGAUUCAAGGCGACCAACCUGGAGGGAGGCUCUGGUGACCCUCCCUUGAAUCAAAUCGCCCCGAGAAAGAGACCAGAGGCAGCAAGAAGAGGAGACUCAAUCGCCCACAUAAGCUGUGACUUACCUGGCAUCGACAAUGAACCCCGCUUUGAGGAUACCGCAUCUAUCAAUGAUGUUGACGCGAGGCUUGCAAGUAUUGAGCAACGGCUUGAGUGUGUACAAACUCAAAUCUCCAUCAUUCCAGAAGCCAUGAAUUCAAGGCUAGCACACCUCGAAAGAAGUGUCGAUGAGCUGGCACAACUGAUCCGUGGGGUUUUCCACGGUAUGCAUGCCAUCUCUCGGCCUCACCAAGACACGCAUCAUACACCCGGCUCUUCUACAAGCCUUGAUUUGACUGACCCGGCAGGGAACGGCGUUACAAGACCGGUUUUGCUUCUGCGAAAUCUGCAGACCCAAUUCUUCGGGCCCAAGCGAGAUUUCUCUGACGAAGUCCUCGCUUUGGGAAACGUCGUAUCUGCUGAAAUUAUCAGGCUUCCUCUUGCUAGACAUCUUGUUCAGAUGCAGGUUUACCCCGAAGCCAAUUGUGUCAAUAACACACAUGACCUUCCGGAUGACUUUGAGCAGAAUCAUCCUUUGUUAUUUAGCACCGCCUGUCUGUUGGCCUCUCGAUUCGUGCCCAGCAUUAGCAAGGCUACGGGCCACAAAAUAUAUUUGAUGGUUCGCCGUUUGGCUGCCAGCGUUGUCCUGAAGCCCCCGCCUCUCAGCCAUGAAGAGCUCCAAGGUCUAUUGCUACUGAACACUCCAAAGUCUUCUUUCGAGGAUGCCAGACUGUCCGCGGAAGUUUUACUUUACUGGAAAACUGCGCAUCUCCUUGGCCACAGCCAACGGAUGGAAGCUUCGGAAAGUCUGAUCUUUGAUGAACUUGUCCAAUGGAAGCUGUCAUGGGGGCAAGUGUUUGACAAUCCGCUUUCUGUCAGUCUAAGAUUUAGUUACAUGUUUUGCUAUCUCCUUUUGUAUCGUGUUUCACUUCGAGCUCAGACUUCGUCACCUAUCCUAAAGGGUGCAGCAUUGAAAGUUUCACGCGAGAUUCUGGAGAUGUUUCAAGAGCUCGAUUUCGCUGUUAUCCUCGAUCUUCCGGAUUAUUAUUUCUUUAUUACCAUAUAUGCAGCUCUCACAUUGUGCAAGUUUACUAUUCGUGACCCAUUGAUCGCGGCAACACAAGAAACUCUGACAGAUCUUGCGCCGAAUGACGAACAUAUCGCUUUUCGUUUCGGGACAGUACUCCAAGAAAUCCGGCAGAAGGCUGCAGCUGCAGGCACAUCGUUGAUGCACCAAACGAGCAGAGAAAUUGAGAUCGAGGGUCUAACUUCAAAUGAACAUUACGCAUGGGAUGUGUUCAUGGCAGCAUAUUACCCACAGCAUACGGGUACACCUGGUCGUGGACUUGAAAGCACGGCAUUCAGUGAUGAGACGGCGGUUUGA